AUGUGCCAUUCUCUGCGAGUUCUCCACCAGCUUCUCCAAAACCAGUUUCCGCUCCAGACAUCGAACACAGAGGCAGCACAUCAGAUGAACAUGACACAGAUCUAUGAGUUCAUUCAGCAAAUUAAUGCUGCAUCGGCAGCCUCCAGUAAGGAGAGCGGACAGCAUGGGCUGACUAAAGAACAGGUGGAAGCUAUAGUGAAGGGUUUGUUGGCCAGCAGUGUGCAGGAAAUAGCCACAGUUAUGCAGGGACAAGUGGAAGCGUUAAAGAUCCUACUGCAGGGAGAAAUAACCUCACUGCUGCAGAAAGUAACAGGGCUGGAGGCUGAGAUCAGAACAGUUGUUGGGGCACAUCAGAUGUUGACUGACAAGAUAAAUCAAGCCCCUGGUUCAUUUGAAGGCUUCACUGGUCAGAACGCUGACUGGCUGGCAGCAUCACAUACUUUGGAACAUAAGCUGUUGAAUUUGACUCAAGAAGUGAAUCAUCUCUCAUCGCAGUACGCGUCCCUCAGCAGCAGUCUCGUCAACUGUUGCAGGAACAGUUCCGACUUGGAUGGCAUUGUCAGAGCUCAUGUCUUUUCACUGUUGUCACAGAUGAGCACAGAUAAAGAUGGUCCACUGGCCAGUCUUGUGGUCCAGAUGGGUCAGAAUUAUGUGGAUAAAGCUGAAAUGGAAAGCAGACUGUCUGCCAUCACUUUAGAAGUCAUCAGAAAUGUCAAAGUUACACAGGCUGAAACAGAACAGAAAUCUGAUGCCAGGGCAGAUGUCCAGGAACCGAUGAUUGCAAGUUUGAACGAAUCGGCAGUGAAAUCAAUCGUGGAAGAAGCCCUCAAUCAGUUCAGUGCAGACCGUGUAGGGAUGGCAGACUUUGCCUUGGAAUCAGCAGGUGGCAGUGUCAUAAGUAUCCGAUGCUCAGAGACUUACUACAAGAAGACAGCCCUUGUUAGUGUGUUCGGCAUUCCUCUGUGGUAUACUUCAAACUCUCCUCGUACUGUUAUUCAGCCAGAUGUCCAUCCUGGGGAGUGCUGGGCCUUCAAGGGACAGACAGGCUUCAUAGUCUUGCAGUUGUCACUUCCCAUAGAACCAUCAGGCUUUACUUUGGAGCACAUCCCUCGUAGUCUGACCCUAACUGGUGACAUCAGCAGUGCACCAAAAGAGUUUGCAGUAUUUGGUUUGGUGUCUGAAAGGGAUACACAGGGUAUCAGUCUAGGCAACUAUACCUAUAAAGACAAUGGAACACCUAUCCAGUUCUUCCCUGUUCAGAAUACCAGCAAAAACAUAUUCCAGCUUGUUGAACUGAGAAUCUUGAGUAACCAUGGCAAUAAAGACUACACCUGCAUCUACAGAUUCCGAGUUCAUGGCACGCCGUGA